UUAAAAUUCAAAAAUUUUCGUGAAAAAGAGAAAUACAGAUUAUUAAUUCAUCGUCAAUUCUGUUAAAAUACGGAGUCGUUUCGUCAUGACAAAUACAAGUGACAACGCGGUCAGCGCGGACUCUUCGAAAAAAUCCACGGACCUCGCACGAAAGGAACUGAGCGCGAUAUUGGGAAAAAUAGACGACCUGAGACUUCCAGUUAAGGCCUGGCUGCUUCUUCGCGCCCGUUCGCGACUGAGACCGACGAAACUGAUAAAAGUCCGCGCGAGGCACCUGUGGCUCUUCUUGCUGAUCGCCACGUGGAUCACGGUACAACUUGCGAGGACUCAUGUGCUAACGUAUCAAUACACCAAGUGCUGGGUAACGACGCCCUCAUUUGUGCUAAAACUUUUCCGACCGCCGGAAGACUGUUCGAUCUGCCAGGAUGUUCAACAGGUUGACAAACUCUCCGCCGUCGAUCCAACGAUCUUUGAACAACGCUACGCGUAUUCAGGGAAACCAGUGGUGAUAAGCGACGCAAUGGCGAAUUGGACGGCACCUAAAGUGUUCUCCUUCUCGUUUUUCAAAACGCUCUACGACGGGGCGGAAGCGAGUUGCCAGUUUUUCCCGUACAAGACGGAAUUUCGGAGUCUGCAGGACGUCUUCGACAUGAGCGCCGAUCGAGCCAUGAUGGAAAAGGGCACGACCCCCUGGUACGUCGGAUGGAGCAAUUGCGACGAGAAAAUCGGCAUGAUAUUAAGGCAGCAUUACCAGAGACCAUAUUUUCUUCCCGCCACUGCCGAAAGCAAGAAAACGGAUUGGAUUUUUAUGGGCAGCAAUGGCUAUGGCGCACCGAUGCAUGUGGACGAUGUGGACUAUCCGUCCUGGCAGGCGCAGAUAAAAGGUGAAAAAUUGUGGCUUUUAGAUCCGCCGCGGGAGUGUUACUACACAUGCAAGAGGCUGGAAGUGAUUGUGCAUACCGGAGAGAUAAUCGUCUUGGAUACGAAUCGAUGGUACCACCAAACGAAAAUCAUCUCCGACGAUAUGAGCAUUACUAUCGGGGCUGAAUAUGAUUGAAGCGAGUAAAGUUCAAAAGCUAUAAUUUAAUUAUAUAUGACAGAUUAUUAUUUGUUAUGUGACAAGACAUCAAUUGACAAAGAAUUUAUUAUAAGAAUAAGUUCCUAUGUGCAAAUGUGCAGAAUAAUAAAAUGUUAUAAUAAAUGUUAUAAUAAAUAUAAAAUAUGUACACAUGUAUUUGGAGAGGUAACAGUCAUAGUACAAGUCAAAUUUUUUUAAAUUUUUUCUC